AUGCUUGCUGAUAAUUUCCGAUCGACGCAAGGGGAAAUUGAAGAGAACCAAGACGAUCCCGCAGCAAUUGCGACUGUUUUCAACAUACGUGAGCAUUUUUUCGGUAUGUACUAUCGUACAAAAGAUAUGUUCGAAGGUCAUCUGGAUGAUGAUGUGGAAUCGACUGCCAGCCAGCGGACAAUUGCAGGAGAAACACACGACAUAAAGGAUGCAAUAAAGUUGCUUUUGGAAACUCAGCAACAAAUAUUGCUACGGCAACAUGCGACAUCAGUAGCGUUGUCAGGAAAGGUAUCGAAUUGUCCAUCUGCUGCUCCUGAAAGUGAUGUAUCGAAUAAUGCUCCUCAUUUCAAUGUACGACUUCCAGCUAUUAACGUUCCAGCUUUCAGCGGUGAUCGCAGAGAGGAUGCUAAACGUUUGGUGAAAAAGUUCACCAUUUCUAGUGCGAACUACGUAAAAGCGUGGGACACUUUAUGUACCCACUACGACAAAAAACGAUUUACCGUUUUCCUGCUUAUUCGUGAAUUUAUGGAUCAGCUUCCUUUUAACAAUGCAAAUCCACACGGGCUGAUCAACUUAGUUACGACUUCGGAUGAAGUUGUGCAACAACUAGAUGCACUUGGCGAGGAGUUUCAAGGUCGUGAUCCUUGGCUGAUUCAUUUAAUGCUGGAGAAAUUUGACAAGGAGACGCAAAUAAGCUGGUCACAAAAAGUUAUCGAAAAUGAAUGUCCAACAUUCGAACAGUUGCUGUUUUUCUUGAGAAAGCGAUGUGAGGCUUUGGAGACGUGCUCGGCGUUCUCCAAGAAGGAGGUUGUCAAAAAGGAAAUGUUUAAAACGGCAAAUGAGAAGAAGGUGAAAUCUCUGCAUACAGUGGCGUCAAAUCAAAAUCAAAAGUGCGCGAAAUGCUCAAAAGAGCAAAAUACGUUUAUAGGUGAAGAGUUUAAACAACUGGCUGUAGAAGAACGACGAUGUUUGGCUCAAAAGGCUAAACUGUGCUUUAACUGUUUGAGACCGUUUCAUUGCGCGAAAUCGUGUUUAUCUAAAUCGGUAUGCCGUACGACGGACUGUAAACAACUUCAUCAUACGCUUUUGUGUUCGUUCGCGUUUGGUAAGAAGACGGAACGUGUCGAAGAAAAACCAGAUAAAGAUGAUGUUUCGACAAAACCAGCAACAGAAAAAAGUGAGGAAAUUUCGGCUCUGACAACAGAGUUAGUAAACGAAUGCCAAACAAUUUCAUUGUUACCAACAGCGGUUGUCAAUAUGCAAACGUCAGACGGAAGUUUCCUUCAGGCAAGAGUACUUAUCGAUUCCGGCUCUCAAGCUACGCUGGUUUCAGAGGACUGUGUAAAAAGGUUGAAAUUACCAAGACGUAAUGGUAAGCUUUUGGUCAGCGGAAUUGGUCAGCGUGAAAUAGGUACCACCCGUGGAAUGGUAUCUCUGCGUAUUGCAUCGAGAUUCAACGAAACUGUCGUCAUUGCAACUGACGCUUACGUUCUUGGGAAAUUAACGUCGACUAUUCCAUCGCAACGAUUUAAACUGAGCAAUAUGAAAUUGCUGGAAAAUCUCAAUGAGCUGGCGGACCCUGGGUUCAACAAACCAGCUUCCAUUGAUGUCAUUCUGGGAUCGGACGUCUUUCUUACACUUCUUAAUGGUGGUCAAGUCAAAGACGAAUGCGGCCUUACGGUGGCCCAACGCACAAUCUUCGGAUGGAUUACCGCGGUGGAUCUGAAUAAUACCCUACGACUUUUUUGGGAACAAGAGGAGCUUCAUCGCAAACCAAAGCUGACUCCUUCGGAAACAAAGGUAAAGGAACAUUUUAACUCCACUUUAACUCGUGACGUGAAUGGGCGUUUCAUUGUGCGUUUGCCGUUCGACAAUUCGAAACCGCCUCUUGGGGAAUCAUUAACUGUUGCUCUGAAGCGGCUCAAAUCAAUACAGAAGCGGUUUGAGUCCCAACCAGAGUAUAAGCGAGAAUAUGAAGCCUUUAUGCGAGAGUACCUUGAGCUAAACCACAUGGAGGAGGUACCAGCUGAUGAAAUUGUCAAGGAUCCAGCGGAAUGUUACUAUCUUCCGCACCAUGCGGUUAUUAAACAAGACAGCUCUACAACAAAACUACGCGUCGUUUUUGAUGCAUCCUGCGUGACUUCCUCAGGAGUAUCAUUAAAUGAUCGGUUAUUAGCGGGACCAAAUAACAAUGAGGAUUUGUGGUCAGUAUCACUUAGGUUUCGGUCUCAUCGAGUAGCUUUCUGCGGCGAUGUGGCGAAAAUGUACCGUCUGGUGUGGGUACACGAGGCGGAUCGUGACUACCUUCGAGUUUUGUGGGUUGAUGAUGUUGGUGAGGUGAAGCACUACCGUUUAUGUACCGUUACCUACGGAACCAAGACAGCACCGUUCUUCGCGAUAGAAGCGAUGAGAGAGGCAGCUAAACCCUACAGAGAAAUUUACCCAAGGGGAAAGCUUCAACUGCACGGAUUUUGCGACGCCUCCGAGCAGGCCUAUGCGGCAGUGGUAUAUACUCGAUCGAUAGAUGCUAGUGGUCACAUCAAUGUGGUUUUGGUUGCUGCAAAAUCAAGAGUGGCUCCAAUCAGACAGGUUUCUCUUCCUCGGCUGGAACUCAAUGGAGCGUCAUUGCUAGCUGAACUAAUGACAAGUAUUGUAGAGGCUUUGCCUCAUUUGGACAUCGAACAAUGGGCUUGGACAGACUCAACUAUCGUGUUGCAGUGGCUGUCUUCGCAUCCUAGAAGGUGGAAAACGUUCGUAGUGAAUCGAACAGCUGGAAUUUUGGAACAUUUGCCAUGUCAGCAAUGGAAUCACGUUAUCAGUAGUGAAAAUCCUGCUGAUUGUGCGAGUCGCGGUUUGUUUCCAUCGGAUCUCGUAGGGAUUAACAUGUGGUUUCAGGCUCCACCGCGGCUGUCGUGUGAACAGUCUUCGUGGGUACUCUCUCGAGUGCAAUCUUGUAGUGAACAAGAUUUAGAAUUACGAGUUUCGAAGGUAUUGCACGUUUCAGUGAAUCUGAUGCGUCAAAAUUAUGACAUCGAGCGUCACUGA